UUGAAUUUAUAAUGAGUUUUAGAAUUUUCAAGUCUAGUGUUAUUGGUUUAUAGAUUCUUACAUUCUCAUUAAAAUCUAGUGUUAUUGGUUUUAUGAUUCUAUAAUUCUAUAAAAAAUCAUUUGUUAUUCAAAAAGUUUAGAUUUUAGUGAUUCUACAAAUCUAUUAAAGUAAGUGUUAUUAGAAGUUGAAUUUUUAACAUUUUAACUCACAAAACAAGAUUUUGAGAAUACUACAUGUUUCCUUUGAAUUCUUAGAAUCAUUACAUUACUUUAUUUUCAUAGAUUUUUACAAUAUACAAAAUUCUCUACAACUCUUUCUAAAUUUAACAAAUUUCUUAAUUUUUAAAAUCAACAAACUCUAUAGAAAUCUAAGUCCCACUAACACCCCCUAAGUAAUAUUCCAUCGGUUUCAUUUUAAUUGUGUUUUAGAUUUGAACAUGCAAAUUAAAUAAUACUCUUUUCAUUACUAAUACAUCUAAUCACAUUUUAACCAAUAAAAAAAUAAAUUGAAAUAUAAAGUUAAUUAAAGUUUGCAUUGAAAUUAUAAAACAACAUUUAUUUUGAACAAAAAUUCUAUUUUAUAACGACAACUAAACUAAAACAGAGAAAAUAUUAUAUAAGAAGACUAGCCUAUCCAUUAACAGUCUUUUCUCUCAAAGUUUUGUUGCAGUCCUAAAAGAUCAUGUCUGAAUUGCCUGAAUGGAUUCAGUACUAAAAAACAUAUCUGAAUUAUCCGAAAGAACCGUGUCAUACUCGAAUUGGGUAUUAGAUACCCGUUCAAAGCCUUACUGCACCUGUUUCUUAACUCCUUUGGUCUUAUUAUAAGACUAUAAACUAUACUGUCAUGUAAUUAAACUUAAACAAAGGUGACCCAGUCAUAUCAGAAAUUCAAGUCGUUAAAUAAAACGGAAGGGAUACUAUAGUUUUUCGUGCCAGCCUGGAGACAUGACUUGGUAAACGAUUUUGCAGAAAAUACGGGCCAGCUUGUUAAUAAUAUUAAGUUUAACUUUGUUUGCAUUUGGUCAACUCAGAUAGGAGAGGUAGUAAUUAGUAUUUAGCCAUAGCAAAUCGAAUACUAUAACCAAAGCACUAAAGAAAAUGACUUGUACCGUAGUAUUUAAUAGAGACGAAUGGCCGAGAUGCUUAUUUGAUUACAAGUUGCAACGACGCUAAUAUAGUAACUAUAUAUGAUUUGUGUCAUUCUUAAUUAAUGAAAGAAAUUGCAAGUUGGUAGUCGUUGUUUAUCAUGGAAAUAUGGAACAACUUGUUCGUUAUUUUAACAUAUGUUUGCAUUUAUUUCAACUCCACAGCUAUCAUUACCAAAUCCGUUUAUAAAAUGGGAGUAGUAUGUAAUGUAACAGCAUAAAUAUUCAUACACACUUGCACACAAGAGUUAUCAUCAUAACCUGUAAAGAAUGGUAGAGCUAGAAGAAAAAGAAGAGGAACUAGAAGAAGAUGAUGAUAUUAAUGAUGAACAAGAACUAGAAGAAGAAGAAGAUGAUGAUGAAGAAGAAGAAGAAGAAGAAGAAGAAGAAGAAGAAGAAGAAGAAGAAGAAGAAGAAGAAGAUAAUGAUGAUGAUGAUGAUGAUGAAGAGAAAGAAGAAGAAGAUAAUGAUGAUGAUGAUGAUGAUGAUGAAGAAAUAGAGGUUUUGUGCAAGGUCAUAUGCCCUAGAUCUCAUCCAGAUCACCCUCACACCCUCUCUUUCCGAACCGGUAAAGCCAUUACCUGCUAUUCUUGCGGGAACCAAUCCGGCGUGUAUUACUACUGCACCACCUGUGAUGUGCGUUUUAAAAAGGAUUGUCCCUUUCAUUCCAACAAAAUAACACACCCAUAUCAUCUCCAACAUCCUCUCACCUACAUUCGUCUAAACACUGAAUCUGAAAUCAACAACACUAUCCAAACUCAAUCCCCUUUCAUCUUUGAUGCAUGUAGUUGGUGUGGGAACAAACCUGACACAUGGGUCUAUAGCUGUUAUAUUUGCAGCUUUUGCUUGUGCGUACCUUGCUCUAAAAAUACUCCACCUCUUACCAUAGCAAACCCAAAAAGCCAUCACCAUCCACUUCUCUUCCUCCCUCGACCACUCUUAGUUCCAUGUGAUGCUUGUGGAUUGGUUAGAGCAUCUGAAGCAAGUUAUACUUGUUUCCAAUGUAACUACAUGGUCCAUGAGAGUUGUAUGAGCUUACCACGCGUCAUCAAGCUCACACGCCAUUCACAUCGUCUUUCUUUUACCCCUUUUCUUCCACCCUCAGUUUUGUCGUGUGGAGUUUGUUACAGGGCAGUUGAUGUCAGAUUCGGACAAUAUUCAUGCGACCAUGAAGACUGCUUUUAUGUAGUUCAUUCCAAAUGUGCAACGCAUGAUGAAGUAUGGGAUGGAAGAGAGCUAGAGUGGGAACCAGAAAGCCAAGAAGAAGCUGAAGAUGAUGUUGCAUCGUUCAAGAAAGUAGGUGGUGAUCUGAUCAAAUACUUCAGCCAUGAUCAUCAUCUAAAGCUCGAAAACUACGACGGUGUAAGAGACGCCAAGAAGCAAUGUGAGGCAUGCAUCCUUCCUAUCGAUCCUCGUUGUUUCUACGGUUGUACGCAAUGUGAUUACUCUCUCCACGAGGUAUGUGCUGGUCUUCCACGAAAACUGGAUCAUCCGUUACAUAAACACUGCCUUGCCCUUGACCAUGCUCCUCUAGACGACUAUGACUACAUGAAUUGUUCAACAUGUUUUCGAACGUCCAGUGGUUUCAGGUACAAGUGCAUUGAAGGAGAAUGCAAGCUUCGAACAUGUCAUAUAGAUCUUCGAUGCAUUUUAAUCCCCGAGUGUACAUUCACCCACAAAAGUCAUGAACAUCCCCUCUUCAUCUCGGUAUCCUACGGCCUUGAAGGUGGGCCAAGAUGCUAUAUUUGUGGGAAAGGAUGUGCGAGAGCUAUUCUACGUUGUAGUAAAUGCGCGUUUACCAUGUGUUUCCGGUGUGCUACCAUUCCUACAGAGUUACACUACAAACACGAUCGUAAGCAUCCUCUCUCCCUUUGCUACGGGGAAGGCGUUGAUGAUGUUGGCAAAUACUGGUGUGAAAUAUGCGAGAUGGAAGUAGACUCGAAGAAAUGGUUUUACAUGUGCAACCAAUGUUGCAUCACAGUCCACCGUGAAUGCAUAUUUAAUUCCUCCAUUUAUAUGAAGUCUGGUUCUACCUUCGAUUGGAAUGGUUAUCUGGUGCGAACUGAUUCCACCAACAGUCCUACCCGACAGAUUUGCGCUAUAUGCGAGGAACGUUGCACGUUCUCUGUAUGCUACACACUCAUCCUCGAGGAAGGCUGGGAUGAUAAGGCUUUGUGUUCUUUCAGGUGUUUACGUGCUGCAAUGUGGAGAAUAUUCCCUGAAGACAUGUGAUCAGUUUGUUUUUAUUUAUUUUCUUUCAUACUUGUUGUAAUCUCACAGGUGGUGACAGAAUAAAAUUUCACUGCAUUUGUUGAUUAUCUCCAUCUUUUAAUCGAGUUUACAAGAAUGAUUGUCUUUGGUUGAGGUUUUGAUGAGCGUUUAUAAUUCAUGCUUUGUGCUUGGCUCAGGUCCUUUAAUUAGGAGCUUUGGUGCAGAAAGUCAGAUGUUUCAUUCUUCUGAUUAAUUUGGUUUUGAUACUUUUGGCAUCCUUGUAUAGCAUUCUGAUUUUAGUAUAUAUGAUGGUUUAUGUAGAAGCUUAAAACAAUUGAUCUAGGCUAUAUCAUUAAAAAGUACAUUUACCUUUCCAGUUAGUUCUACAAAGAUAACUUCAAAAUUAAGCAUGUUUGAAAUAGAGUAAUUGAUUUGAUAAAAAGAAGUUCAAAAUUAAGCAUGUUUGAAAUAGAAUAAUUGAUUUGACCAAAAAAAAAAGUAGACUAAUUGAUAAAUGGUGAUCCAUUGCAAAAUCUAUUUUUACCCUUUUGAAUAACACACAAUUUUUUAUUUAAAUCAUUUUAAUUUAAUUAAUCAUAUAUAUUAAAUAAUGAUAAAUCAGUCUAUUAUAUAUAGUUUUUUAAUCUUCGUGAAAUAUAUCUGACACUUUUUAAAAAACUAAACGAAGUAUUAAAUAAGCCGAUCAAGUUUUUUGUUGUUGUCAGAUAAGGAUAGAGCUCACAACAUUGAGCAGUGUUCUAAAUUUUGGUUUAGACAAUGCUUAGACAUCCAUUUAUAUGGUAAAUUAGUAUAACUAAAACAUUUUGCUCAUCGAUUUUAAAACAGUAUAAAUAUUUUGAACAUCUAUGUAAGCAAAAAGCUCUUAUAAUGAUUGGUUGUGGCUGUAGAUACUUUAGAAAUCCAAAAUUUAGUUUAUAGUCAUGUAUAUUAACCAAUCGAGCUUUCUUUUUUUUUUAAAAACCUACAGCAAAAAAAAUUCUAAAGAAUUAAAUAUGAAUAUAGAGAACUUUAUUUUCAGAGCAAAAAAUUAAUGAUUUAGAAAGGUACAAUAAUGAAAUUUACAGCUAUAGAUUAAAUUCUACUGCAAAAAAUACAAAGCUACAGUUCUUACCAAUCAUUCCCUAAUUAUCGGUUAAAUAU